UUCGCUUUUUCCCUUCGUUCAUUCGCCGAGCCUUUUUUCCCUCUUUUCUCUCUCGUUACCUUUCAUGCAUACAUUUUCCGCCCCAGUCGCCGCGCCGCCUCUCCACGGCAUGGGCACGGAAUAGUUCAAUCUCAACUCCUUCGUUGGCUGCAGUGCGAUUCGGUUUCGAUCCGUUGCAGCAGCAUUCACGACGCGACGCUGCGUCGACGGACUCGUUAGCUUCCGUCAAUUUGACGCGAUACGUUCCGUCGUUUCGUUGGAUUCCACGACGGUGAUUCUGUGCUUUCCGAAACCUGGCUCUGAGCUUUUGCCCAUCUUUUAUCUCGCGUUCGUCGUUCGCUUAUAAAUGUCACUGAGGAAGGAAUCGAGGAGGACCGGAAGUCGUAGAAGAAGUGAUUGGCUACUUUGACCGGAAGUCGAACUGCUGUGAAAGCUCCGCGCGGUUAACCGAAUUGACAUUCGGUGUCAAAUUUUCUACCGAUCAUCCGAUCUACCGAUCUAUGGUUAACGAGAGCGUUGAUAAAUCGUCGACGAGAGGAAUAUUCGAAAAAUCAAGAGCACAAUGAAGGUGGAAAGAAACCCGUCCGAGGACUCGAAGGCGGAGAGUGAAUCCUCGGACUUCGAGGAGCUCGGAGACGUCGCGUCGACAAAGAGGAUAUUCUCAUCGUCGGAUGGCGAACGAACGGAGAUCGACGACAGCGACAACGACAGCGGGUUCGUGGGAGUUUCCCAGGGAUCAUUGGACCGCCUCGACACCGUAACACCGGAAGUGCCUUGCACCGAGACGAGCGGAAGCGGCCCCUACGACAGGGAUGCGAUCCUGUACGAGUUGGUGAGUUCCGGCCAUCCGCGGGAAGCCAGAUUUAUCGCGGCCGUCGAGCGGAUGAAAAAUGGCGGUGUGAAAUCGGCUUCAGAUAUAUACGCCGAUUUUCCCGACAAUUUCGAGUACGACGCUUCAACUUUGAGCCAGGAAUGCCGGGAAUCGAUGAUCGAGAAGCUGCGCGAGGCGACGAAACCUAUUCCGGACUCGAUGCUGCACUUGCUGACCGGCCGGAAUCGGCCCGGCGAUUGCGGCCGACCCUCUGACUUCAAACCCGAAUGGCUGGACAUGGAGAAAAUCAGAAGAGGGCAGAAGUUUGCUCAGGAACACAUGUUUCCGAUAUUCUUCUCCGAGAUGCUCUCCCUCUUCGCUCUCUUCAGCUUCGAGGACGGACUAAAACCGCUCAUUAUGACUGGGAGGUCCAGCACACCGUUCACAGCUUUCAAAAGGUACCUGUCGACUGGACUGCGGGUUCGGCAUUGGUACACGGAGGACCUUUGGGCGAAGGGAUCAGCCGCCAGGAAGGACAUUUUGACAGUGAGGGUGAUGCACGGUGCCGCAAAACGGAGACUGGACGCUUCUACGAACGCGGAGAUAGACGCGGCGGCGAAAAUUCCAAACGCGUGGUGCCCGUCAAGGGAAAUGCUGCUGAAGGACUUCGCCGAGACUUGCGAGGCCCCCGUGAUCGGCCAGUGUCCUUACUUGAUCGAGAGGAACAGCCCUGAUCGACCGAAGGGCAUAAACCAGACCGAAAUGGCCUUGACGCAAUGGGGCUUUGUUGGCCUGAUAGUUUCCUACCCUAAGUGCCUGGGCGUUCAUUACGCGACCGACGAGGACCUCGAAGCCUUCUGUCACUUGUGGAGAAGCAUCGGGUACCAGCUGGGAAUGGAGGACGAGUACAACUUCUGCCGUGGAACUUUGGAAGAAAUUCGACAACGGGGUAGCGAUUUUCUCGAGACUUGGGUCAAGCCUAAUUUACGGAUCAUCACUCCCGAGUGGGAACACAUGAUGAGGUGCAUAUUUACCGGGGUCAGCGUUUAUCUACCCGGUGCCACUUACGAAACUUCUCUUCUUUACCUCACCGAAAUUCUCGAUCUCCAGAUGCCACGGCUAUACGCUUCGCUGUCGUACAAAGAUUGGAUCAACUUCAACCUCAGCAAAUCUCUCUUCUACUGCACGAUCAAACUGCCGGGAAUGAAGAGUUUGUUCAAUGUUCUGUUGAACCGAAUUUUAGAUCGAGCCGAAAAAUACACGAGCGAGGACAUCGAAGCAAUAAGAAUCAAGCUCUCCAAUUUUCCUGGGUUUCCAGAUGUAGAAACGGCGGAGAAUCCGAUCGCUACUAAUUCUUGAGAUGUGACAAAUCAAAUUGUAACCGCGAUGCCUGAAGAUAUUAUAGGAAAUUUAGUAAGAUCAUUGAUUUCGUUUUGAGCUUGGAAUACGAGUCAUAUUAAUCCUGCAGAGCACUGAUGGAUCUUUAUUACAAAAAAAGUAUUCUUCACGCUGGGCGUUACUCCGGUAAAUUACAUAACGCAUAGUUGUAAAAAAGUAUGAUACACUUAAUACACAAAUAUUUAAUAAGGUUAAGACAAAUUGUAUUAUAUAGCAUAGUGUGAUAACUGAAACGAUGAAUCAUAAACUUGAAUCAAAGUAAGCAAUGUAAAACUGUGAUAUAAUUAGCAAGGAUUGUAAAUCAACAGAAAAUAAUUAAUCAAUACAAUAUAUAAAAUCGCAGAAUAAUGUGAACGCAGGUAUUUAAAGAACAGGAACGAAUCGUUAUUCGUAAUUAAUAAACGACUGACAAACAGAAAA